AUGGCCCCAAUGUCCCAGCUCGCUGGAUACAGCCUUCUUAUCAACCCUCGGACAACAGUAGACUGGAACUCCUGGCCGCCUGAGCAUCAAGGGGGAGUUCUAGCUGCGUCAAUACUCCUUUUUCUUUUCCUGUUCGCAUUAGGGGUGUGGUUCUUUUCAUACAAAAGAGCAAAGGAGAGUGUUCGGGACUCUGCGGAAAAGACAAAGGCGCUUCAACGGCACAAAAGCCAGAGUCUCAAGAAACACCGACUAGAAGAAGGUCCAGAGCCGCUAAAAGCCGAUAGUAGCUUUGCUCCCGAUGCUGAAGAGCCACGCACCAAGGCAAAAUCUAAAAAACGGGCGCGUUCCCGAGGCCAGGAAGGGAAAUGUAGAGCUAGUAAGAGCCUGAAGACCCACGGAAAUGAAACGCGCCAGCGCUCUAGCAAACAGGGCCCCAGAGGCAAGCCAAGGCAUAUGAUCAGCGGCGGGAGGACAACCCCAAAAGUUCGGAAAGGAAGACAACGAGUAGAGGCUGAUGGAGGCUCUUCAAAGUACUCGAGGAGUGUUAUUGCCACUGUUGGAGAUAUAUCAGGUCCUGCAGACCACGGAAGAAGCCAAUAA